AGACAUCCGGCGGGGCAGACAGCGGCAGACAGCAGCGGGCGACGCCGGACAGCGACAGCCAGCAGCACCAUGCCCACCAUGGAGGAGAAGGCGGCCGAGGCGCGCGGGACGGCGCCCACCUUCGAGACGCUGCUGCAGGGCGUGGGCCCGUUCGGCCUCUACCAGAAGGUGAUGUGCGUGGCGCUGAUCGGAGGAUCAACGCUGGUAUGCGCGCUGACCUACUACACCCAGGUGCUGCUGAUGCUGACCCCGCCGGCCACCUGCAAUGACCCCCAGCCUGGCCCCGGCUACCGGCCGCCACAGCUGAUGGCGGACGGCGUCAGCUCGGCCAACGUGACCAGCAACGACACCGGCAGCGUCUUCAGCGGCGGAGACAGCAACAGCAGCAGCCGGGUGGUCGGGGGCAGCACCGGCGGCGCCCGCUGCGGCAACUGGAGCUACGACACGGGCGUCAUGUUCCACACCAUCGCCUCCGAGAACGACUGGGUCGGUGACGAGGCGUGGCGCCCCUUCAUCGUGCACGCCGUCUUCUGGGCUGGCAACAUCGUGGGCUCCUGGGUCUGGGGCAUCAUCAGCGACAAGCUGGGCCGUCGGCCGGCCACUAUCGCGUCGUUCGUGGUGUACGCGGCCGGCGGCGCCCUCACGCUGGUGAGGCCCUCCAGCAUGGAGGUGAUCAUGGUGGUCCGCUUCCUGGUCGGCAGCGCCCACCACACCGUCACACACCUGCCCUACGUGCUCGUGAUCGAGUACUGCGGCUCCGCCUACCGGACGUACCCGCUGCUGGCCCUGAUCGCCGCCUGGGGGCUGGGCGGCGUGCUGCUGCCCUGGAUCGCCUUCUUCGCCUGGAACUGGCGCCUGCUGGUCUGCGUCUCCAGCAUGCCGCUGCUUAUCGCCGUGCUCUUCUACAGGUACAUCCCCGAGUCGGCCUCUUGGCUGAUGGUGAACGGACGCGGUGACGAGGCGGAGGCGGUGCUGCGCCGCGUGGCCGCCGCCAACGGCUGCGAGCUGGACGAGGCCGUGUUCUGCGAGGUGAUGGUGGACAAGCGGGAGGGCGAGCCGCAGACGGGCGGCGAGAGCCUGCUGCACGUCUGGCGGCACCAGCGCCUGAUGAAGAACAUGGCGUUCGUCACCAUCCUCUGGAUGCUGGCCUGCCUCUGCUUCUACGGUCACAGCCAGAACACGGGCAACCUGGGUCGCUCCGUGUUCGUUUCGUUCUCGCUGGGCGGCGCCGUGGAGCUGGCGGCGCUGGUCGUGCCGCUCGUCAUCCACCGGCUGGGCCGGCGCUGGCCGAUGGCCACCUUCUUCGUGACCUCGGGCCUGUGCGGCGUGCUCUACGCCAUGAUCGGCAGCGGCCUGAGCUCGGCCGGCCGCCUGGCGCUGGGUCUCACCGGGCGCAUGCUCAUCAUGGGCGCCUACAGCACGUGCCUGCAGUACGGCCCCGAGCUCUUCCCCACCGUCAUCCGCGGCCAGAGUCUGGCGCUGUACGAGACGCUCGGCGGCCUCGCCAUCUUCAUCAGCCCCUCCAUCGUCUACCUGCACCAUCAGACGCCGGGCCUGCCGCUGCUGGUG